AGGAAGCCCAGGGCGGGCGGGCGGUGGAAUCCCGGGGCUGGGGGCGGGGAUCCAGGGACUGCGCGCGGCCCCGACCUCCCCCAUUGCUUCCCAGUGUCUGUAGAAAUUCCCCUGACAACCCCGCAACCUAAAUCUGUCGCUCACGCCCCAGAACCACCCCACCCCCACUCACCUCCGGACACACCUUCGCUAGUCCUGGAGCCCUCAGAACCCCCUCACUCUUGCGAAUUCUGUUACGCCCGCAGAGCCACCAUUCUCCGGGAUGCCCCCGAAUGCUUCCAGAGCUCUGUGGCUCCUCUGAUCCUGCAUACGCCCCAUUCUCCUUGCACCAUGCUCAAAUGCAAAAAAACUUGCCCACGUUUCUCUGAGCCCUCUUACAUAUUUUGAGUCCCCAUAAUCCCUGACACUCCGCAUCUCCAAUCCAUACGUAUCCCAGACCUGAGCCCCCUCUUCCUGUCUCAGCCAAAGUAACCCCCUUCAGUGAAGUGUCAUGAUAUGUCCUGAUACCUUAAAGACAAAUGCAGGGGACAGAAAAAGAUGCAACACCCUCCCCCAUCUUGCACCCUGUAGUUCUUGGUUUCACCCUCAGACUCCUUUUUGAUGGCUCAAGCCUCGGUAUUUUCCCAGCUGCCCGUCUUUAGGCUGUGUACAUCUCCCUGAGCCUGCUUCCUUCUUCGAGAGAAUAAGCCAGACCAGGGGGUGGGGGUCCUUUUAUCUGGGAAGUUGUCUGAGGAAGCAGAGCCCAAGGGGCCCUGGGAAAACAUACUGCUUCUGGAAAGCAGGCGGGUGGGAUUUCAAGGAUCUCCAAGGUCCUGGCUUGUCAGUUUGUCCACCUGGGGCUCUGAUCUCUGAAAUUUUGAUUUAUUGUUAGCAUGUAUGUUAAAAAUUUUAAGCCUUUCAGAACUUGGAGAACAGAAAAUCUAUCAGGUUUCCAAAUGUGAGAUUGAGGGAGCUUGUUCUGGAAGAGGCAAAUGUCCAUUUUAGUGACGUUUUUCCUAUGCACUUCUAGAAGUUAUUUCAGCGAGAAACUCUGCAGGUUACAGAUGUUUCCCUUGAAAACUAAGGCCUUGAGGUGGGAGGUGGGAGGUCGACUUGCCAGAGUCUCCCAGAUGCUUAAUGGCAACAAAACAGACUAGAAGAUUGGUUUUCUGAAGCUUAAGCCGGCGUUCUUUCCCAUACAUCAUAGUGUCCUUUUGAGAAAGCUCUCUGUAAAGUUCCCCACAAAGGUUUUGGUGUUGGUUGUAACAGGAUUCAGAUGGGGUCGGGGUCUAGAGGUAACUUAAAAGGUUGCCUCAAACUCAAACUCAUUGCUGCUGUGGGAAUCACUCCCUCUCAGCGCCUGUGGGGCUUUGAAUUGGUGGCCCCUUUGCCCUUGAUCUCACUUUCUUCUUUGUGUUUCUGUCCCCUUAGGACCUGGAACAGAUAAUCCAGGUGGGAUGGACUGACCGCAAGUGAGUUUCAUUAACAAUUGGGGGCGAGGAUGAAAGGUUUCCACUAACCUGUGGUCUCUGUCUCCUGUGCUAGGUGAGCCCCAGGUGUGUCCCAGAGGGAUCCAGGUGACUUCUCUGCAGACUACUUGCCAUGACGCCCCACCAAGAACAGGGGGAAUAAAGUGGGGGUCCUUCCCCAUGCCCCUCCCAUGGUCAGCUCCCCAAUGGCCUGGGUGAGGGCGGACUGGCUGCUCUGACACCAUGGGGAGCUGCUGCAGCUGCCUGAACAGAGACAGCAUCCCAGACAACCACCCUACCAAGUUCAAGGUGACGAAUGUGGAUGACGAGGGGGUGGAGCUGGGCUCCGGAAUCAUGGAGCUAACACAGAGCGAGCUGGUGCUGCACCUGCAUCGGCGCGAGGCUGUCCGCUGGCCCUACCUCUGCCUGCGGCGCUAUGGCUAUGACUCCAACCUCUUCUCCUUUGAGAGUGGCCGCCGGUGUCAGACGGGCCAGGGGAUAUUCGCGUUCAAGUGCUCCCGGGCUGAGGAGAUCUUCAACCUGCUUCAGGAUCUGAUGCAGUGCAAUAGCAUCAAUGUGAUGGAAGAGCCAGUCAUCAUCACCCGCAACAGUCACCCGACUGAGCUCGACCUCCCUCGGGCCCCCCAGCCUCCCAAUGCUCUAGGCUACACUGUCUCCAGCUUCUCCAAUGGCUUCCUUGGCUGCCCAGGGGAGGGCCCGAGAUCCUCAGCACCCCGGCGCCCCUCAACGAGCAGCCUGCGACACCCCUCGCUUGGGGAAGAGUCCACUCAUGCCCUCAUUGCCCCUGAUGAGCAGUCCCACACCUAUGUCAACACGCCAGCCGGUGAGGAUGACCACCGCAGGAACCGGCAUGGCCUGCAGCCCCUGCCUGAGGGCCAGGUGCCCUUCCCCCCGCAGGCCCGGGGCCCUGACCCACGGGACCCCCAGGUGUUCCUGCAGCCGGGCCAGGUGAAGUUUGUGUUGGGCCCAACCCCUGCUCGGCGGCACAUGAUGAAGUGCCAGGGCCUCUGCCCCAGCCUGCAUGACCCCCCGCCCCACAACAACAACAACGAGGGCCCUUCCGAGUGCACUGCCCAGCCCAAGUGCACCUAUGAGAACGUCAGUGCGGGGCUGCGGCCAGGGGCUGGCUGGAGACUGAGCACGGAGGAGCCAGGCUGGAAUGGCCUUGCCCACCGCCGGGCGGCCCUGCUGCACUAUGAGAACCUGCCCUCCCUGCCCCCUGUGUGGGAGAGCCACGCCCAGCAGCUGGGGGAGGAGGCUGGGGAUGACGGAGACUCGAGGGAUGGGCUCACUCCCUCCUCCAAUGGCUUUCCUGAUGGCGAGGAGGAUGAGACCCCGCUGCAGAAGCCCACCAGCACCCGGGCUGCCCUCCGUAGCCAUGGCAGCUUCCCUGUGCCGCUGACCCGCCGCCGAGGCUCCCCGAGGGUCUUCAACUUCGAUUUCCGCCGGCCGGGCCCCGAGCCCCCCAGGCAGCUCAACUACAUCCAGGUGGAGCUGAAAGGCUGGGGUGGAGACCGCCCCAAGGGGCCCCAGAACCCCUCGGUCCCCCGAGCCCCUGUGCCCACCACCCACCCUGCCCGCAGCUCAGACUCCUACGCCGUGAUUGACCUCAAAAAGACCGUGGCCAUGUCCAACCUGCAGAGGGCGCUGCCCCGAGACGAUGGCACUGCCAGGAAAACCCGGCACAACAGCACCGACUUGCCUCUGUAGGGACUUCCUUCCUCACGCUCCGCCUCACGCUCCUGUCCCCUGAACCCACACCCUGGGGUUCAAGGUUGCUUUGCAGAAGGGCAUUGAGGUGGAACCAGAUGCUUCCCUGCGCUGGCUGGGGUCCCCAAAGAUAUCAGCCACUGAGUCUCCUGGUCUCCAAGCUGGGGAGAAGAAGGGUGACCAGGCGAGGAGGGAGCUGUGACGUAAACUGUGAAGGGUUCCUGUGAUGCAUUUAGUGCCCUCCCGUUAUGUCCAUUUGUCUUGUCUGUCGUCUGUGUGUUUUCUUUAGUUGAAAUUUGGAAACAUUUUGUACCUGUUGAUUUUAUUUAUCAGUUUAUUUUUCUAUUUAUUGUUUUAAAUG